UGAGGACGCAUCGCCUGUAGGCCAGCCAUCAAAGCAGCCACAGCGUUUUGCCGGUUUCUUUAAGCAUUCUGCGCUGAUUUAACUUUCGUGUUUUACAGAUUGUUCAAAGUUAGGCAACAUAUAAAAUAGUUUGCAGUUCACAUAUUCGGGAACUAUAUUAACCGAAUAAUCCUUUCGUGGACGUCCUGAUCGUGCAGUAAACCGGCCAGUUAAGACAACAAUAACGAAAGAAUAAUGAGUCUUGUUUGGCUGGCUGUUCUGCGCACGGCUGAAAACACUGCACGCAUUGCUCGGCCUAGCCUGUCGGCAGCAGCCGCUUGGAAGCAGUCUGCUGCGAUCGCGCGCACAAGCUCCUGGGAGCACGCAGCUCCAGGACUUUGCCGCGCAUCGCACAUUCAUACAUUUACUGCCGACAUGAAUUGGUCGGCGAAACUGCAACGCUUACUGGAGAAUUUCGACAUCACGCGAAUCAGUUUCUAUCAUGAGAAGUGCAAGCUGUUUUUUGUCGGCGACCAGCACAUGGGUUUCAUUCGGCCGAACGAUUGGAUACAUCUUGCCCCUUACAAGGACGCCUUUCAGUACGACAUCAAAACGAACCGGGUUUUCUUGAAUCCGAGCUGGAAGACGUACGAGGAGCGCAGCACGAAGGCUGCCGAAGUUUUACAAGAUUUACGAAAGAAGAAAAUCUUCAAAACACUGAACGGGUGGAGGAAUGAGUGCUACGAAGUCAGUGCCAGGUUCGGAGACAAAUCUGGAAUGAAGAUGGAAAGAUCCGCAACAUGCCUAUUCGGUCUGAAGCGAUAUGGAGUACACAUAAAUGGAUACGUGAAGCGACCUGACGGAUCUAUGAGCGUCUGGUUUCAGCGGAGAUCGGCAACGAAGGAAACCUUUCCUAACAAGAUCGACAACAUGGUAACAGGUGGCUUUUGUGUCGGCUAUACCCUAACUGAGUGCGUCCGAAAAGAAGCCCAAGAGGAGGCAUCGUUGCCAGACCAUCUGCUCAGUGCUAUCCGGCCAGCGGGGAAUGUGUCGUUCGUGUACGAGGACGAUCGGGGCAUAUUUCCGGAAACAAUCUUUGUCUUCGACCUGGAGCUUCCUGCAGACUUCGAGCCUCACUGCUCGGACAACGAAGUGGACAACUUCUACCUAAUGACAAUUCCAGAGGUAAAAAACCUUGUUUUGUCUGAAGAGUUCAAGAUUACAAGUUGCCCCAUCUUGCUGGACUUUUUGGUGAGGCACCACUUCUUGUCACCAGAUGACGAGCCCAACUACUGUCAGCUCAUGGACACAGUGCACAUGCCACUGCACAACUUCUAUCCAUCUGCAAUGGUGCCUACCGGCGAGUCCAAGCAUCGCUUCCAUAACAACUCAUCUGCAAUAUAACUUAUGCGUAAAACGGUUCCUAAGUUAAAGGGAGAGUCCUAUGUACAUAUAUUUAUGCAUACAUGCGCAUACACACAUAUUUAUGUAUACAUUACAUCCAUACACACAGCUUGUGGUGAUGGAAAGAGGUUUUUAAGGGCAAGCUGGCCAACUGCAGGUUUCAGAGAUAGACUUACACUCCUGUUGCCUAUGUAAUAUCCACCUUAGGUGAAGUGAGUUUUCUGAAAGGCUCAACUCUAAGGAUAGUGUAAAAACUGUGAAGCUGCAAGUCUGACGUACUCCAGUUGAUUGCACCCGAAGGGAGCUAUGACUCAUAAAAAUUUUCUUUAGCUGUUGUCAUUUGACAUGGACACCAGAGGCAGGCACAAUUUUAAAAUAAAGCUUCUCUAGCCUGUUAGUACUACUCGCCAAUGUGAUGUGAGGAAUGAAAGCACCUGAAAGUUUCAGCAGCGUCUUUGGCAUUCCAGUUGCUCAAUAAUUUGUUGGCGUCUAAUCCAAGUGCAUUGCAUGCUUGUUAAAGUGUGCUUUGCUUUGCAGACACAUGCUGAGACUGUAGGACAAAAGGAGGGGGCACAUGUGAGUAGCACAAGAACAAUGUAGCAGUGGCUUAUAUUCGUAUUAUGGUUACUGUCAAUGCUUUUAAGGACAGAUGUGUAGAUGUAUGACAAGAAAAAACGAGUGACAUAGAUACAAGGGGGGGAAAAUAUGAAGGAAGGUUGAGGACUACAUGAACAGUGCAAAUGCCAAUAACUGUUCAACAUCAGUAGCAAUAUAUACAUGGUGUUCCAUGUAGUUUUGUUCCAAAAUGUCUUAAUGAGUCUUUGUGGUCUUGUGGCUGAUGUAGUUAACUACAAAUUUGGAGAUUGAUAUCUCAAAACUGGUGCUAGUCUCAAGAUACCUAACAACAGGACAAGCCUUGACCACUCACUGACGUCAAUUCUGCAAGUGCUACAUGUGUGCCCACUAACUAAAAAGUUAAUUAAUAUCUUACUGGCAAUUACUGCACAAUUUUUGUGCCUCCCACUGUUAUCAAUUUUGGCCAACAAAUAUGAGUAGUUUUUUUUUUUUUUCCCCAAUCAUUUAAAAAAAAAAAUAAUUGAAGACCAAUGUCACUGAAACACAAGGCAGUGUUUCAGUGACAUAGUGCAGGUGUAGCUUUGUUACUUUGAUGACACCUUUAGAAGUCUUUGAGGCAACGGCAGUGCAUGGAACUCAAAAUAAAUUGGCCUUAUUAUUUUACAAGAAUGCAUGCAAGCGGUAGGAAGGAACAUUAACAUGAAAUUACCAGUACUAUGUUACAAUAAGCAAUCGGGCUGCUGAGCUCGAGGUCGCGGGUUCGAUGCUGGCCACGGUGGCUGUAUUUCGAUGGGGGCGAAAUUCAAUAACAGCUGUGUACUUAGAAUUAAGUGCAUGUUAAAGGGUCCCAGGUGUUCAAAAUUAAUCCAGAGUCUCACAUUGUGGCAUGCCUCAUAAUCGGAUCAUGGUUUUGGCAUGUUAAACCCUAGAAUUUAAUUUUCUUUUUUAAACAAGCAGCAAUGCUUUUACAAGUCAGCUGGAGUGUCCAGAGAUGGCGCUGCUUCAAGAGAUGGUGCUGCUGAUUGGGACUAAUGGAAAGCUUUGCUUACAAAGGAGCAUUGUCAUCGCAUGUAUGCAGCUAGCACUAUCGCAGGUGGCCUGCCGGCACUGGGCACCACCUGGCUGCUGUCUAGCCUCUUCUUUCUGGUGUCCUAUUGGGAAACUAAUGCAGUUCUUGCCAGCUCCACAAGCUGUAGAGUGUUUCAAUGUGGAAGUGCCACUUCUGUACCAGGGCUGUUGAUAUUGGUAAUCGGCAUAGUCACUUAUUUAUUGUGAUAAAUGAUCUACUUCUUUAUUUUUUAGGGUGGCAAAACUGUUCUCCUUUUAGACAAAGUGUUUUAUUGCCUGUGAAAACUGGUUUAUCAUUCUAUUUCAUUGUAACGGAAGUAAAACACAUUCUGUGAGGGUGGUGAUGUACAGACAGCACUAGAUCUACAACUUGUAGAGGCCACCAUUAAUUGAACACAGUUGCUACUAGUACAUUGUAAAAUGCCUAGAUGCUUCGCACCAUGUUGGAAACAGGUGAUGUGAGCUGAGCGUUCAAAAGAUUACAACAUCCACCUUCUUGUGUAGGCUAUUUUGUGCAGCACCAACCACUGUGGCUCAGCCGCUGUGCCAUUCUGCUGUUGUGCACGAAGUUGUGGGUUUGACUCCCAAUCGCAGUGACUGCAUUCUGGUUGGGGAAGAAUGUAAAUGUGUUUGUGCGCUUACACUUAGGGUGCACAUUAAAAAACCCCAGCUGGUCAGAAACAUGAACUACAUUCCCCUCUAAUUGCACCCCUCAUAGCCCAGGUGUUGGUUUAGGGAACUAAACUCGAUCAAUUGUUACUGUGUUGACAAGUGAUCUAGUGACAAGUGUCAGCAACGAAUAAAUUGUUGCUAUGUAAAAAAAGAAAUGGGGGGCUCGUCAUUAAGGGCACAGCAUGGCAAAUGUCGCAUAGGUGACACUUGUAGUAUGACAUUUGUGAGAAGUAAAGCAACACUUAAGGUUCGAAAUGGGCAUGAGGGCAGUUUAUUUAACAUAAUGUUUCCAAAAUGUAGGAUCAGGAUUCCAGUGUUGCACAGUGCCAGAUUAUAAUGUUUUGUGGGCUUUCUUCUGGAGAUCUCAGUAAUCCAGCAUUUUACAAUGCUACAGGAUGAUAUUUAACAUGCUUUUGUCUAAAAAUCUCACAGAUCUCACACUGAAGCAUUAGGUGAUGACAGGUUUCAGUUACUUGAAUCCUGUGGUCUGUCAUUUCGUGCUGUGUGCAGCAGAAUGAAAGAUUAGCUUCUGUUUCGUAGCCUACUCGCUCUUUUCAAGUGCUGCCUUAUCUUUACAUGCCGUAGCGGAGGCAUUUUUUUUCUCAUGUCAUUAUCAUUUAAGAUCAUUUUCAUGAAUUGUUUGACUACGGUGUGAAAGAUUGCAUCUUUUUCAUGGAUAAAGCAUAGUCUAGUGAAUUGCCUAAGGCAAUAAGGUAUUAUUUUUUGUUUGACAUCGUUCGUGACUGCAGCUUAAAAAUCACGUGGCCUUUUUCUAUACAUUUUUAUGGUAGAUAAGUAUUCUAAGGUUGUGUAUAGGCUUAAUUUGUUGCACAGCGUCACAUGGCUUCUUUUUCAUUUUCUUUAGACAUUUAUAUGGUAGGUAGAAAAUUGAAGAAUUUCGCAAUGUGUUUCAUUGUCAGUGAUGGGUGAACAGUAUUAGGGGAGUGUAGUUAGAUUUUCCAGAGCUUUAUGAGCACUGCUGGCAAGCUUAGUGUUCUAUGCUGUUUGAACUCGACAUUUCCGCUCAUAGCCACCAUGGUGGACUCUCUGCUUAGCACUGAAAAAAAAAAACGUAGUGCCACCUCGGCAAUUUGGAAGUUUAAGAAAGCUGUGUGAAAUGGGAAGGGCAUGUCUGUUUCUCUCAUUUUCUUGAUCAUGAUGUGAUCAGGGGCCGUGUUUUUGCACAGUCACCUUUUACGAUGCUUUGGUCUUGCCUUAAGUGCCCUAAGAAAGCAAAACAUUCUGUGGCUAAGCUGACGGUAAACACGCCUGAAAAGCUUUUCAUGUUUGCUCCACACCAAAGGACGGCUCAUUCUCAGACUAAGUUGUGAUUGAAGACAGCAAGUCUUUUCCUCAGAUAAAAUUGCUCACUAGCGUAGAAGCAUGCAUGUAAAUGAUUUUUCAGAAAUUGUGAGCACUUUGCAGUAAAUACACUGUGCAUCAACAUAGGAGAAUUCAUGGGCACUGGAAAGACAGACAUUUCGCUGUCUUAUAACAACAUUGCGCAAGACCGUUCUACGAGUUCUAUGAUUCAAUUCUUGCCAGUGCAUUAGAUUUAAAAAUCAUUACAAAUGGACAUUGGAAUGACGCAUGAUCACCUGCAAAUUAUUUUGCCAUGUAACUUUUUUUUUUUCUUCCUUUUCUUUCCUGUUUCUGCUGAUAUGUGAGUGCUGAAUAUGGUACGUCUGAAAAUUAUAUAUCCAAAGAUAUGGCCCCUGGUUUUAUUGUCCGUCACACUGUAAAUCAUAAAAGUGUCCUUGAUCAUUCACUUAUUUUACCGAAUUUGAUUAGAGAACUUGCGUUUACUUCAGUGUGAAACCCUACUGCAUCACUUUUGUGCAAGUGUCUGAACUAUAGCACUGGCAUGCAUUUUAAGUCUACUUGGAGUAUCAGAAGACAUGAAUCUGCUGUCAGCCAGUGGCACACUGAUAAUCAAUAACGUUGGCUGGCAUUUGCCAGAAAACUUGCUAGAGAGUAGUGAAUUUUUACUACUAUCACUUGCACGCUCUAUAGUAGCACUUUGUCUUAGCGGUUGGGGCACAAUGACUUGUAAUGAUAGCUGUAACCACAGCCUUAUUGUCCCUUUUAUAUACAGAUUUCUGGCUUGUGAUGCGGUCAGCUGGUUAGUAGCAGUGUAGGAGCACCAUUACUUGCAAAAAUGUCUUUUACAGUUCAGCCUAGGACUUAAUGGCUAUUGACAUAUGGUGUGAGCAUGAGAAAGAUGCCAAGAGAGAUGACUUGUGCUUAGCUACGUGAAGGUUUAGAAAACGCUAAGACCACAGAGGACAGAGCACAGUAAUGUUUCGCCACUUUUUAUUAAGGAGGUUUUGAGUGUGGCAGCACUUCCGCAUUUACAUGUAUAAUGGGCCUCUCUUUUUUUUUUUUUUUUGGAAUUGCCAUUCUUAAAAAAAUAUUUUUAUAUUUGGGGCAUGGUUUCAGGUACACCUCCCUUUUUCCCUUUUUAGUGCUCGAUACGGCGAAAUUCUACAGGAAUGUCGUUCUUUAGCUAGCAAGGCUAGGUUUGCAAUUAGUGAGAGCAUGAUUCAAUGAAAUGCAGGGGAUCCAGAUGAGCGCUGUUGUGAGAAAGCUGUCCUGUACCUCAAGGUCUAAUAGCUUGAUACACUUCAGCGAUCAGUGCUGUGUCUCUGAGCAAGCACAACUGCCUUGGCGCAUGCACAUUUGGCCCCUCUGUGCUGCACAUCACACUCCUGUUACAGUACACCAUGGUGGGUGAUUAGUUGCCGCAAUGCGCACCUGUGCAAUUUCCAGCAUACGUGCAGGUGGCCGUGCGCAGGUAUGCUCCAAGGUAACAGGUCAUCCAUUGUGGUAUUCUGAAAGGCCUUAUUUCAAGCCCAUAGAUGUGACUGCAUUGCCCAUCAUUAGGCAUUGUCCCUUUCAUACAACUAUACUAGUAUACAUUCAUAUAUCUUUUUUUAUUUAUUUUUUUUAGUGUCAAAAGUUCCUCCUAGCGUUAUAUAUAAUUGUGUGUGCAUUAUUUUCAUGCAAAUAUACAGUACGUAUUUGAACUUCAAAAGCGAUACAUGGGGUUUGUUCUUUCAAAGUGGGGUUUGAGCUUAGCUUAUUUUAAUGUUUCACUACCAUACUGACAGGGUGUUGAAACAGGAGUAUCAAAAACUACAUGCUUAGUACAUCUGACCACUCCAACAUUAGGUUUUGUCAUAUCAUUGUCAGUUUCAUAUGCAAAACUUUUGUUUGGCCAGGCCUCUUGUUUUCAAAUAAGCAUGUAGCCUCCGUCCUUUGAGAAUCUCUGCUGUUUCUGUCCCAAACUUUUUCUGCCGACAGUGUAACUGUUUGUAGUGAUAGCUUUCAAGCUGCCCUGAACUUUCUGCGAGUCUUUUUUCAGUUUAACAUUGAACAGGCUGUCAGUCAGGAAGAAAGGAAAAUAUUUCCCUGUCAGAGUUUUGUGUGAGUUGCUGUAUUGCAUGUGCUAUGAUCUCUGCACAGGCAUUUUGUGAAAGAAAUCAAGGAAUUCUGCUUUAAAGUUCAUUGUACCUGUUGCAGUGGCUCUGUGGCUACAAUGUCGUUCAGCACAGGCCAUAGGCUUCUUUCCUGGCUGUAGUAUCGAGUUGCAUUUCAGUGAGGGCAGAAUGUAAGAAACAUGCUCUUAUAUAGGCGCUAAUUCUGGAACUUAGUUGCUCAAGACAAACCUGGAGUCCUUCAUUAAGGCAUCGUGCACUCAUACUACACAUUCUUGGGACAUGCAAACUUGCCAGUUAUCAAUUACUAAAACUCGGUAUGUUUUGCUAGGCAAGCACUUUAGAAAAGCAUGUGCAAAUCGCACGAGGAGCCAAGUGUACUUGCCGAGUCGGGUGCCAACGUUUGGCUACUGAUAAAAAUGGUGCUGGAGAAGUCGGUGAAAAUUAUCCGUUCGUAUGCCAUUACUGCUGGUUCUGUAAAUGGCAGUGUGGUGCAUAUCAUUCUAUACACCUAAGGCAGACCUUGCAUACCUUGCAGUUUCAUCUUGAAAGUGGCAAGAAUUUAUUCAGCAUGGAGUCUAUAACUUCUUUGUGGGGCAUCCAUGCAGAAUAUCUGUGCACAAGUAACUGCAAAGUGGCUGUUCUUGCCGUGGAAAAUAUGUGUACACUGCUUCUUGGCCCCUUGGCAAGAGGUUUAGUGCAUUGUCCCUGUCACGCAUGUACCAAAGCAGGUCACUUUAAAUGAAAAACCGCAUGAAAUUGAGGAACAGGUUAACUGCUUACGCCUAACACAGUUGUGUAUACGGUAAAAUCAUUGCAGCGAGUUUUGUCAUCAUCUAAUACCGGUGAAUUUCGUGUAUAUAGCUUUUUGGGAAAUUUUUUGUAAAUUUAACUGCAUUGCAUUUGUACAGCUAAGUAAGGUUGUGCAGUAGUGAAUUUCGGGAACUUCAGCUUGCUACCAUAGUAAUGUUUUUUUUUUUUUUUUUUUUAUUUUUUUUGCGGCAACAUGAUUGGUGUGAUACCUGCUGAGCAGAAUUUUAGCCUUGCAGGUGCCUUGCCAUGCAUGACAUAUAUGAAAUUUGUAAGGGUGAAAGCGAAUACAAAUUUGUGUUUUGCAUGAUCAUACCCAUUUCCUGCUUGUGAUUUUAUUGUUUCUUAGAUACGGGAGCAGAAUAGAAACGUGGCACUGUAACAAAAUGCUGCCGUUAAGAAGUCUUGUUUGUUCUUGUCACUCUGUGACAACUGAUUAGACUGCAAUUACACUAAACUUUCAGUGAUUGGCCCUACGAUAUGCCUAACAUCCUCAUUACAUAAGGCACAUUUCUCAGGUGCAUUUUAUGUGUAUGCGUCGAUUCACGAUAUAGCCCUUUGUGAUUUUAUGUUUACUACCACAGCAAACACUAAAGACAAGAUUGCUGACCACAAAAUUAGUAUUAGGGUGGCCAGAUGAAUCUAAGCCAACGAGCAUGUUACCAUUUCUCAGAAACCGCCUAAGUCAGCAACGUGGUAUGUUCAUGUAUUGUCCAAAAAGUGCAGAAAGCUUCAUCCAAGCAACACUAUAUGUUAAUAUAAUGGCAGUAGCCUAAAACAUUGAUGCAUGUCUCAGCUCUGCUCAUCAAAAACAUUGAAGAAAGGUAGUGUUCUUAUUGAUUAGGGUAAAGGCAGUAUUAUUUAUUGAUUAGAUAAGAAAUUAUGAGAAUGAGUGUUUUUAGGGUGCUGCAAGCAUAUUUAAUAAGGGGUGCACUAAAAUGCUUGUCAUUCUGGGUUACCCAAGAAAGUAAUAAGUGGAAAGAUACAGAGAGAUGAGAAUAUAUGUUAAAUCCCCAUUUUUUAGAAACAAAGGACUGCAAACAUGCUAAAAAAGCUGGAACAAAUGACUGGAUACAUCCACAAGGACAAAAACAAAUCCACCUAUAGCAAGCAUAACUGUAACAUCCUAAUUAGUGUAUUAAUUUUUCAGCUUUCAUGCAGGAGACGUAACAUUAAUAUGGCUACCUUUAAUGAAGUGGUAAUCUGGAAGCGCAUGAAAACACGGACACGAGAAGAAACGAAGACGAAGACAAGCGCUAACUUUCAACAACGAAAUUUAUUUGCGGGAGCGGUCGUACCUAUACACAAAAGCCACGUGCGCAGCGAUAUCAACACUGAAGAUAGGUACAUGACAGCAAAAAGACAAUCUAAGGCUGUUGCAUCAAGAACACUAAGAACCUGAAUCAUGCACUGCAAUUGCAGUCAGCUUUUAUGGCAUAUGCAAAUAAUCUACCUCUCUCGCCGACAAUGAAAGUGACGGUUUGCUGAUACAUUGGUCAGCGGCCGAGAGGACUUGUUAAGUUUCUAUUAUCAAUCUUACAUUCUCACGUUUAUCCCUGUAUAUGAUGGCGGUGUCAUUUGUUGAAAGUUAGCGCUUGUCUUCGUCUUCGUUUCUUCUCGUGUCAGUGUUUUCAUGCGCUUCCAGAUUACCAUUCCAUGAUGACAGACCAACAAGCCCACAUUGCCACCCUCGUCGAGUACCUUUAAUGACCCUCAGAAUGUCGCAGCUUAGUUGACAUACUACGUUAAUUUUGCAGUGCUGGAGGUGUGAUCUAUUGAAGGGCUAGUACACAAGGAAAACAUUUUCAUGUGGUCACUUUCACUGCCAAUUUUGGAGUGCUGGAGGUGUGAUCUAAUGAAGGGCUAGUACACAAGGAAAACAUUUUCAUGUGGUCACUUUCAUUUAAUUUAUUUAUUUAUAUAUAUAUCUCACUUUUUUGAGUGCUGGUUAUUUAAGGUUUAUGAUGAACUGGGCAGAAUUCCUGUAACAUCACGUCUCAUCUGGAAGUCUAACCCUAAUGUUUGACUCCAUUCAAGUACUCUUAAAGUGUUGAAGCAGGGGCUCCGGAAGUGUAUCCUGAGUGGGGUGGAAGGGGGAAGGAGCUGGAGCUCAUUUCAGCUAUGCAAUUUUAUUUUGUUGUUAUUGUAAAACCGAGGCUUAAUCUACUAUAAUAGUCAGUCUCAGGGCUGUGGGGGUGGGGGGGCAGUUCCACCCUAUAACGUAACCUGUGGGGGCGAACGGGAGGGGUGCUCGCGUCCACUGUUUUCCCCUUUCCCCAACCCUUGUUCCGGAGCCAUGUUCAAGUACUUGUUUUGGAUGGUCAUGCUAAGUUGUACCUGACGUUAUUGACAUCAUCAUUAUAGCAAUUUCCUGUGCAGCUUCAUUUUGAAAUUAUUUGUUUUUUGGUGUAUUUUAUUCAGUGGAGCAUGUGGAGAGAAAUGCUUAACUUGACUCUAAAAUUUGACAGGAUUGUCUGGUGGUUUUGAACACGGAAUAAAGCAACUUCAUCUGAUAGUUUGCUUUUGGUCGACCCAGUCUGACCGAAUUAUUGUAUGAAUACAUCUGACAUACAGUCAGUGGAAAUGCACUUUCUUGAAAUGCCUGUAAUGGAAGGGGUGUGUGGCGGUUGUAAUGACCCUAACCCCUCAGUGUUUCUGGCCUUAUGCCAGGUUUACCACUCAAAUUUUAACGUUGAUUGAGCUGAUUAGGCUUCUUUGACACAUUUUGUAGCAUUUUACUUUUCUGGUAGCUGUCUAAAAGCACAAGCCGAUCAUUGAGCCAUGUAUGAUCUCAUUUUGUAUCUGCCAAGCUGUAUGGCAUCAAGUUUCAUAUACAAAAAAAAAAGGAAAUUUUGAUGGUAUGUUGAUGUUCGAAAAAAAUGUCUGUUGUUUUAGGCUCUGAGAAAGCUUUAAAUGUCGGUAUGUUUAUCUUACUGUCAGAUUAUCUUUUAAAGCAAUGCUGAUGACAAAAAUAGUGACUUAAUCCAGGUUGCGUGAAUACCCUUUUAGAAAUAUCUCUAGGUUAAUUUGACGUCAAGAGAUGACUUUGUUGCAAAGGAAAUUGGGAUAGAGGCUACACAAAUCCCCGGUGAUUCAAUCUGCCUGCUACAGCCAGAGCCAUUAAUGUUGGUGUCUUGCACUGCACUGGUAGUCUCGUUAUUAAAAUUACCGCCUGUUCCUUUUUGGUGUUGUUGCUAUAUCUGUAGGCUGCCCACCCAUCUUGUGAAAUUUUACUUUCUUCGAUAUUCGUUUACUGUCCCAUUGAUGCAAUUGUCAUGAGGGCUUGCUGUGAUUAUGUACAAUUGCAUUUUAGUAACUGGCAUUCAAAGUGAGUGUUAAAGUUUGCAUGGUGCAAAGUUAUUCAAUAAAGUCUUGCACAUUUUGUAAAGAGAUCUGGAGAGAAAAACCAAUAGCUUUUUCUCUUUUUCGGUUACUUUGUCAUAAACUUUACACCAUAUGAAUUAUUACUGAAUACUUGUAGUGUGCGCGAGAGAUAAAGAGGUAAGAGAUUGGUGACUGGUAUUGAUUCUAGUGUAAUAUUCUGGGGUAUUCACUUGAUUGUAAGACAUUUUCUUUUAUCUGUACUUAUGUAUGUAGUUCACGUACCUGAGAAAUUUGAGCGUGGCCUUAGGAAGUACACUAAGUUUUCAUUGUCCGGUGAGAUUGGCUCAAUGCUUGCCUUGAUUGUUUUGUGGAUUCUCCUUUUCUUUUUUCUUUCACAUGACAUGAGAAUUAGCAACCAUGACGUAACAAAUUAUGCAGCUUAUGAGCUAGUCUUCAGUUUUACUUCCAUACAGACAGACAUUUUAAAAUUAUUUAGGGUGGCUCUGUUCUAUUGCAUUGUUAUACAGUGAGAUCCUGCAACAUUACUGGCAAAAGUGGAACUAACAUGCUCAGUACUUUGGUUGCUUGGAGGACAUGGCCAGUCCAUUCCAUCUUGUAAAUGCUGUGGAUGUGGUCAUUUGUGCUGCACUACUUUUCGUUGUGUAUUUUUCAGCUCAUGCUGACUGUUUGCAGAGAUUACCAGAUAAGUCUCCUUCCUUUUACAGAUCCAUUUUUUCAUGAUAUAAUACAAAAAAGCAGGCCAAUACUAAUAGGUUGAUUGUGCCAUUGACAAUGAUGGUGCUCCAGCUAUGUGGUUAUGAAACUGUGAUUUUUUCCCCUAUGUGUUUAGUUUACUUACAGGGUUUGUCUCGAGAAGGCUUGGUUACUUAGUGUGAAAUUUGCUGAUGGUAUGUUGAUGCAGUUAGUGAUGAACUAUGCUUGAGGGUUCCAGUUGCUUGCAGUGAAUCGUAUACGCAGUGAAUACUAUGCCUGAAUGUUAGAAUUUGAAUUGAGUUGGAGCACUGGCACAAAGCAGAAUCUGGUUGGUUAAAAGUGAAAAUUGGUUAGUUUGCACCUUGUCGUGGUUACUGUAUUGAACAUUUCUGAGAGCAACAGUGCUAUUUCUGAGAUUGUUCUUUUUGUGAACUGCUGAAGCUUGUGUGGUGCCUGCACUUUUUCUUUUCUCGAGGAGUUGAGAGAGACAGAUGUAUAUGACACAUGUAUGCAGCAUGUGAUGUGACAUAUGUGUGAGAAGAAUGUUUUGAACAGCAAAUAAAGCAGUCUGCACAGCAUGUGUUGCACUACUA